AUGGCCUCUUCAAACGAAUAUACGGAUGAACAGCUGAACUAUUACAGAAUCUGUCAUGUAACUACUGAUAUACUACCGGAGGGUCUGAGAGAAAUAUUUAAACAAGAAUGGGACAAACUGUACAAAACAACAAAAGGAGAAUGGAAAGACGAGCCUCGUAAUGGAAUGGACUUUUAUAACGGAGAGUCUCCUCCAAAUCAAAAAAGAAACGCUCAUCUUUUGGACACUAUGAAAAACGGAAGCAGUGGGGAAUGGGAUUGUACAAAGCUAUUUUACGCUAUCCUUUUCUCUGAUUGCGUCGGGCCAAGUCUUAGCGCAAUAGUCAGAAAAAAUGUAGAUGACCUACGAAAUUUCAGGAAUGAAGAAUUCGCUCACAUGCCACAAGGCAGUCUCUCUGAGAUCGAAUUUAAGAAUGCUAUUAGCAAAGUUGAUGUUGCGUUUCAAGCCCUUAGUCUUCCCACUGUAAAAAUUCAAGACCUAACACAUCAGAAAACUUUUCCAACAAAAGAAGUUGAUAAUCUGAAACAAGAAGUUCAAGAAAAGGAGAGUCAGCGUCAGGUCCUUGAAGAUCAACUCCAGAACGAAGCACCCUCAUUUUGUUUUCUCCCUCCUAAACCUUCGCAUGAAAUCGGUGGUCGUGAAAGUGAAGUAGCUAAAAUAGUCCAACAGCUGAGGGAACUUAAUGAGUCCAGUGACAACAGGUUGAGUUAUCUAUACAUCUCAGGGAAUCCUGGAAGCGGCAAAUCACAGCUAGCUGGCCUCGUAGCUGAGACAUUUUUUAACAACCUCAAAGAAAUACAAGGUGGGUCUUCAUUUGUAAUGACCUUAAAUGCUGCAAGUCCAGCUUCACUUUUGGAUUCCUAUGCGUCAUUUGCUCGCCAUUUAAAGUGCCCAGACUAUUCAGUUAUGGAAACCCUCAGCUCAAAGGAUUCGACCGUGGACGAAAAGAUCACUAGUCUUAAGAUGCUUGUCGCUGUAAAAAUUAAGUGUUACACGUCGUGGCUACUGGUGGUUGACAAUGUCACUACUCUGUCUUCAGUGCAUGUCCAUUUACCACAGUUUGAAAACGAGGCUUGGGCAAGGGGCCAGUUGGUGAUUACGACCCAGGACACAACAUCAAUUCCCUCAGAAAGCUCUUUUGUUAAUCACAUCUCGGCAAGCAAAGGUAUGGAUUUCAAUGACGCCCGUUCAUUAUUGUCCAAACUUUCUGGUAUCCCAGAUAGCGAACUGGUGGGAACAGUAGCACAAAGACUGGACUAUCAACCUCUUGCUUUAGCAGGCGCUGCCGUCUUUGUUAAAGAGAUUCGGCAGGACAAGGUAUCGACGCAUUUUGGGUGGGAGGAAUACCUGAAGAUCUUAGAAAAAGGCAAAAGAAAGAAAACGGAGUAUUUUCUUGUCAACACCAAUCCAGUUUAUCCAAAUUCAAUGACCAAAGCAAUAACGUUAGCCGUGGAAACACUGAUGGGAUCCGACAAAUUUCAAAAACACCUUUUCACUUUUCUUGCCAUCUGCGCUCCACGACCACUGAACGUCGACAUAGCAGUUAGCUACAUCAUGAACGCACAUGAAGAGUUUGAUGAAGCGGACAAAGAAUUAAUUCGCAUGCGAUUAAAAAGAAGCUCACUUGUGCUUUUCCAAGAUGACGAGGGUGGCUGUUUUAUUUGUCUUCACCAGGUUGUGCAUGAUGCUAUACAAACUGUAGCAAAAGAGUGUGCAGAAAGCCAAACCGAUGAGGUCAUUAGUAGGGUCAUUACAUCAUUUAACGAAUUUAUCGUCGCAACUCCUCCAGAGAAUGAGCGGCUAAACACCAGACACAUCGCUCCACAUUUGAAAGCUUUAACUACAGUAACUGACAAAGUGUUUUUGCGAGAUAAUUUCUUUCAAGUUCAUGGUAAGGAGAUAUCCGAAAAAUGCGAAAACCUUGGAAAUAUUUGUCAAAUGCACUGUGAAUUUAAAGGAGCCAAAACAUAUUUUGAAUAUUCACUCACUUUUACGCUCCAAGAGUUCGGCCCGAAACAUGUUGAUGUUGCAAGAAGCUACACGAAUUUAGCUUCAAUUUACAUUGCUUUAGGUGACUUCGAGCAAGCCAAGGAGUAUCAGCAACGUGCUCUGGACAUCCAAUUGGACAAGCUCGGCCCGGAACAUGUUAAUGUUGCAACAAGCUACACGAAUUUAGCUUCAAUUUACAUUGCUUUAGGUGACUUUGAGCAAGCCAAGGAGUAUCAGCAACGUGCUGUGGACAUCCAACUGGACAAGCUCGGCCCGAAACAUGUUGAUGUUGCAACAAGCUACACGAAUUUAGCUUCAAUUUACGAGAAAUUAGGUGACUUUAAACAAGCCAAGGAGUACCAGCAACGUGCUCUGGACAUUGAUCUGGACAAGCUCGGCCCGGAGCAUGUUGAUGUUGCAACAAUCUACCAUAACUUAGCUUCGAUUUACAAGCAUUUAGGUGACUUUGGACAAGCCAAGGAGUACCAGCAACGUGCUCUGGACAUUGUCCUGGACAAGCUCGGCCCGGAACAUGUUAGUGUGGCCACAAGCUACACGAAUGUAGCUUCAAUUUACACGAAAUUAGGGGACUUUGAGCUAGCCAAGGAGUAUCAGCAACGUGCUCUGGACAUUGGCCUGGACAAGCUCGGCCCGAAACAUGUCGAUGUUGCAACAAGCUACAAGAAUUUAGCUUCAAUUUACAAGAAAUUAGGUGACUUUGAGAAGGCCAUGGAGUAUCAACAACGUGCUCUUGACAUCCAAUUGGAAAAACUGGGCCCGGAACAUGUUGAUGUUGCAACAGGCUACCAUAACUUAGCUUCGAUUUACAGGCAUUUAGGUGACUUUGAGCAAGCCAAGGAGUAUCAGCAACGUGCUCUUGACAUCCAACUGGAGAAGCUCGGCCCGCAACAUGUUAACGUUGCAACAAUCAACAAUAACUUAUCUUUAAUUUACAAGCAUUUAGGUGAAUUUGAGCAAGCCAAAGAGUAUCAGCUACGUGCUCUAGAAAUCAAAUUAGAAAAACUGGACCCGGAACAUGUUGAUGUUGCAACAAGCUACCAUAACUUAGCUUUGAUUUACAGGCAUUUAGGUGACUUUGAGGAAGCCAAGGAGUAUCAGCUACGUGCUCUAGACAUCCAGUUGGGAAAACUGGGCCCGGAACAUGUUGAUGUUUCAACAAGCUACCGUAACUUAACUUUUAUUUACAAGCAUUUUGGUGAAUUUGAGAAAGCCAUGGAGUAUCAGCAACGUGCUCUAGACAUCGAUCUGGACAAGCUCGGCUCGGAACAUAAUAAGGUUGCAACAGACUACCGUAACUUGGCUUUGAUUUACCAUGAUUUAGGUGACUUGGAGAAAGCCAAAGAGUAUCAGGAACGUGCUCUGGCCAUUAGUGCGGACAAGCACCGGCUGAACAAAACACCAAAUAAGGUACAUGGAGGACUGCUAACAGACGCAAAAAACUAUAUUAUGGAAAUUAUAUUUCUUCUAGAAAGAAUUUACGCAGUCUUUAAGGUUUAUCGCGUUGGUGUUGUGUUAAAAUUUAAGAGGCUGAAUUUUUUAGGGUUUUUUUUUUUCACAGCAGCAUAAGUUGCGUCUGAAACUGCGAGGAUCUUCUUUGCAUUUUUUCUUCCGCAGUUCCAGUAUUUGAAAUUCGUAUAAUCUUUAUAAAUGAUUUUAAUUUGAUAAACUCAAAACGGUUUACAUAUAAUAAUCAUGGAAUCGAUAUUUGGGACGUUGGUAAGACAUCUCUUAAUUCAGGUUUAACUGUAACAGUUUCCGUUUACGCUCUAUUCCUGCUUUCCGUAUCUUCAAGUUUCUUCUAAUGAAAAAACCUAUUAGUCCUUGCAGAUUACUCAUGAAGCUAAAAGGCAUUUUUCACAAUCCAAGAAAGAAGAUGAUAACGAUGAGGAUGAUGGUAAAGGCAGUAGUAAGGACUGUAAAGCAAAAAGCGUUCUUAAGUUAAAAAUGUCUCCUCCUGCUAAUUUUGAAUGA